AUGCAGGCUAUGCCCCGCCUCGCCUUGGUUCCCGCGCUGCGCAGACCCCUGGCUUUGCUCAAAAACCGGGUUCCCCCCACCGCCACCCCACCCGUGCAGGCGCCGGGCCGCGCCAGGGCCCCUCGAGGGCGGCAGUCGGUUGGCAAAGAGGAGAAGGAUCUAGAGCUCAGCGACUUGGAGGACUUCGACCCGCUGGAGGCCGAGCCCCCAGAGUGUGAGCUGAAGCCUCCCUUCCAGCCCCUGGACAGUGGUCUGGAGCACUCUACCGCGACGGACGGCCCCAGUGCCCCCGGAAAAGAGGCCUCGGGUGCCCUCCGGAUGCCCCUGGCCGGUGGUGGCGGGGCCGCCCUGGACCAGGACCUGGAGAGGGCCAGGAGCUGCCUCCGGAGCGUGGCAGCGGGGCCGGAGCCGCAGCCGGGUUCCGGAGGUGGCCCGCAGGCCUGCGAGGCCAAGCUGGGCUUUGCGCAGGCCGGGGCGACAGCGGGCCUCGAGGUCAAGCCGCGCAUCUGGUCCCUGGCGCACACGGCGACCGCAGCCGCUGUCACCAACCUGAGCCAGACUGAGUUUCCGUCGUGCAUGCUCAAGCGCCAAGGCUCCGUCGCCUCUGCGACCGUCUCAGCUGUCUCGUUGGCGCCCGCCUCGUCCUCGCCUGCGGCCCCGGCCUCCACCGGUGCCCUGGACAGGCACCAGGACUCCCCGGUAACCAGUCUCAGAAACUGGGUAGACGGAGUCUUCCAUGACCCCAUCCUCAGGCACAGCACUUUGAACCAGGCCUGGGCCACCGCCAAGGGUGCCCUCCUGGACCCGGGGCCGCUAGGACGCUCGCUGGGGGCGGGCACCAACGUGCUGACGUCGCCCCUGGCGCGCACUUUCCCGCCUGCCGCGCCCCAGGACGCCCCGGCAACUGGCGCUGCCAAGGAGCUGCUGGCGGUGCCCAAGGCCGGUGGGAAGCCCUUCUGCGUGUAACUCGGCGAGACCACUGGGCCCGGGACAGAGCCAGUGCUCAGGCUGCAGGCUGGCACGCUGAAGACUUUUUUUCUACCAAGUUUCCAAAGCUAGGCGAGAGCGCAGCAAAGCUCAGGCCACCCACCCACGUUGGAGGGAAGAUCUGAACUGGGUCUUCGGGGACCACGGGCGAGCCCUGGGAUCUGUCUCGUCAGGCCCACCGACCACCCUGGCCAUUUCCAAACUCGGGGACCGGCGAGAUCUGGCUGCUCCCAGAGCAGAAGGCCGCUCUGAAGCGUCAAGUUUACGUCCAAAAGUUUACAUGGAGAAGACAUUUGGGUUCCGAGGCUUUGUUUGUGUCUCUGUCUCCUGCCCGUGUUCCCUCUGAAGGCCUGCUGACCUCUGAUCUCACCCUCAGCGUAUCGUUCUCACCCACACACUUCCACCGAAUUCACACGAUUGCACACUCUUAACUCGAUAAAAUUAUGUUUUUUAAAUGUAUGUUCACACCAAUAAUUGCCUGCUUCCGAGGCUGAUAUAACAAAAUCAAUAAA